GCCGCCCUUCGCUCCCAGGUACCGCCGUCGUCCGCCCUCUCCUCCACCGCGGUGCAAAAGGCUCGUCCCCAGAGACCCCAGAGACCUCACCUUCGUUGCCAGCUACCCCCCCAGAGUCAUUCGUUUGAGCUCCCACCAUGGCCACCACUACCUCUGCGAAGCCCGCUCUCUCUGCUCUCAAGACGCCUCUCUCUGCCACCUACCCGUCCGAAGUGCGAAGCCCCAUGGUCGCAACCCCCACCGCCAUCAAGCGCGAGGAUGGCCAGCAGACUCCCAUCACCCCCCCGGCCGCCUAUCUCGACUUCCUCAAGACGCUGUCGCCCGCCCUCAUGAGCCCUCUGCCCACCGGCUCCAGCUCCAGGUUCACUUUUGGGGACCGUCCGAGCCUGCCCGAGACACGUCCCAGGUCCACGUCUUCAAUCACAUCACUGGCCUCCACUGCGUCUAUUACUUCUUCGUUGACAUCUACCUCUGGAUCUUUUCCCUUGGACCGGCCCUCGCCAACCUCGUCAGUCUCGUCACGAUCCAGCAGCUGCUCCAACUGCGGCCCCGCCUCUCCUCCAGCCUCAACGUCCCCCGCACCGGUCAAGACGGAGAAGGCCGACAUGAACAUUGUCAUACCCCCACCAUCACCCUUUGUACGGCCCAUGUCUGCUCGCACUCCGCGCCUCUUCAUUCCGCAAUCGCCCUACUCCGCAGGAAUUGUCGCACAAUCGCCAAUGAGCGCCCACUCAGUGCGCUCGCCGUAUUCGGCCACCAUGUCGCCCCGAACGUGGGACCUCGAGAAGAAGGGCAACACCACCUCGCGCCGAGUCAGCGUGCGCGAAGUUGUCACAAGAACCGUCACUUACGGCCGCACUCCAGUCGAAAUGACUGCGCCUGCGUUCCCGCCCCUGGAUCCAGCGCCUAAGGGAAAGAGGAGGAGGAUCGAAUAAUUGGUGGCGGCCAUCGGGGUGUCCAGCAUUGCAGCAGCCGCUGUCGAUUACGGCGUGUAAAUGUGAUGUUGUGGUGCUGCGCCGCUGGCUUGCAUACUCCCGGCGCGUGUGCGUUGUUUACGCAGCACUCGCCGCUUCGGAGUUUAUCCUCCUUUCGACCUAUCUAUCUACCUACCUGACCCUAAACCUUCUGAUAUUCACGACCAUCAACUUACCUUCCAUCUACAAGACCUAAGACACCACAUUAAGAAAAUCUACGACUUGCGUAAUUACAAAAAACGACGAACCAAAGCGCUCACGUCCUGGUGACUGAGCACCCCUCGCUGUCACCAAAGCCGAUCCACGAAUAUCUGGCUCCUUUUCUAAACCAUCCCAUCACAUACC